CAACGAAUGAAUGUGGCCCUGAAAAGGUGGUACUCAUCAGAAAGGAAGAAGAACGUGAACCCACUAAUCCUCAUUUCGAACAACCAAAAUAUACAUUUUAAUUUAUCCCUAGAAAAUUUCCUACUAAAUAAUUACAGCGAUUUGUUGAAACACUUAAAUGUGAAUACAAUUGAAAAGUAUGAUGACCCUGUUUUGUUUUUAUGGAGAAACAACAGAUCGAUUAUAAUCGGAAAGAAUCAAAACAUUUGGAGUGAAUGCAAUUUAGAAAAUAUAAAAGAAGAUAAUGUCAUUGUGGCUCGUCGAUUCACAGGAGGAGGAGCAGUAUACCAUGAUUUACAAAAUCUUUGUUUCACUUUUUUGAAUAAUACUCUAAAUACAGAUAACAAUUUUUCCAUAAUUUCAAAAACUUUGAAAAAGCACUUUGCCAUUGAUGCACAAAAGCAAGGAAGAAAUGACAUAAUUGUAAAUGAUCGAAAAUGCUCAGGUUCUGCAUUUAAGAAAAUAAAAAAUGUGUUUCUACACCACGGGACUAUAAUGGUGAACCUAGAGAAGGACGUUUUAAAAAGAUAUUUAACUCCGGAUAAGAUCAAAUAUAUAAAACAUGGAGUGUCUAGUGUCAAUGCGCGGACCAUAAACUUGAAGGAGAUAAAUCCGAACAUUACUUGCCAGAAUUUAUGCUGCGCGCUGAUUAAGGAAUUUCAAGCGUUUUACAAAAAUGGGGUGUCCAACGAGGAGGGAGAAGCGAACCACGCUGCUACGCUAAAUGUAGAAGACUACACUGGUGGGGACAAGGGUGCCACUCCAUCCGAACAGUCGCACACGAAUCUCAGCGGGAACCUCAACGAAAGGGAAAAGAACCUAGACAAUUUAAUCGACAACUCGUCACCCAUUUCAAACCAUUUUAAUAUCCAUUACAUAGACACAAAUGAAAGCAUUACGAAAAAUCCAGAAUUUCUAAAAUAUUUUAAUCUGCUCAAGGAUUGGGAUUGGUGCUAUGGGAAAACUCCCAAGUUUCAAAACCGACUAUGUAAACAAUUCAAUUUUGGAAAGUUCGAAGUUUUUUUUAACGUAUCGAAUGGGAUGAUUAAAGAUGGAAAUAUUUUUUCUGACUGCCUUGACGUCAACUUAGUGGAACAGUUAAAAUUUAUUUUUAACAACGAUGUUAAGUAUUCGAAGGACAGCGUUGCUUCUUUUUUACGCGAUUUGCAAGUGGAGAAUAAGGACACCCUGGCGGAAAUUACCGAGUGGAUUUUGCAGGAACUUUGA